AUGUCCCUUAAAUUUGUGGUUAGUGGGAAGAAUGUUCCUUACAUUGGUGGUAAGUAAGAGGAAUGCUCCUUACAUUGAUGGUCAGUGAGAAGAAUGCUCCUUACAUUGGUGAUCAGUGGGAAGAAUGCUCCUUACAUUGGUGGUCAGUGGGAAGAAUACUCCUUACAUUGGUGAUCAGUGGGAAGAAUGCCCCUUACAUUGGUGAUCAGUAGGAAGAAUGUCCCCUUACAUUGGUGAUCAGUGGGAAGAAUGCUCCUUACAUUGGUGGUCAGUGGGAAGAAUGUUCCUUACAUUGGUGAUCAGUGGGAAGAAUGCUCCUUACAUUGGUGAUCAGUGGGAAGAUGCUCCUUACAUUGGUGGUCAAUGGGAAUAAUGCUCCUUACAUUGGUGAUCAGUGGGAAGAAUGCUCCUUACAUUGGUGGUCGGUGGGAAGAAUGCUUCUUACAUUGGUGGUCAGUGAGAAGAAUGUUCCUUACACUGGUGAUCGGUGGGAAGAAUGUUCCUUACAUUGGUGGUCAGUGAGAAGAAUGCUCCUUACAUUGGUGAUCAGUGGGAAGAAUGUUCCUUACAUUGGUGAUCAGUGGGAAGAAUGCUCCUUA